UGUUCCUAGGAGUGAAAGGUCAAGAGUAUUACAGGCUUGGUUUGUUUAAAGACUGCGUUCUGCUAACGCCUACAUAAAGAUAGGCCUGAGCUUGCCAAGGCAAGACUCUGUACAGGCCUGCAUGGGUGUGUGUGCGUGUUUACAGUAUGCGGGAGAUGUUUUCCGUCUCAUAUAUUCACUUGGGUUUUUAGUUUUCGCUUGUCUUUUGUGAUCAGCCUGUUUCAACAAAUUGGUGUUUGCCUUACCUUCUCCAAAACAGAACAUGUGGCGACUUGACACUGAAUAACUUACAGGCUUUUAACAUUCAUCUAGCUGGACUGGCGAUGACUUCCCCACAGUCCUGACUGGUCAGUGAAAGCGACAGUAGGAAAGAAAGUGUGGACAAGCAGGCUCCCUCCCCCCCACCUCCAGGAUGUCUGUGGAUACCCUCCAGCCCCACCUCAGUCAGCCGCUGAAGGCUGCAGCUCCUCCCAACCGUCUGCCUAUCAAGAGGCCAGCAGUGGCUGCGGCAGCACAGCCAGCCGGCCGUAAGCAGACUGCUGUGGAGAGGCUAGAAGCAGACAAGGCCAAGUAUGUCAAGAGUCAGGGGGCCCUCACCAAGCAGCAGCCAAUCAGACCAACCACCAUGUCUAAGCCCAUGCUGUCCCCAAGGACAGAUUUGCGCCCCACUCGAAGAACCCCCCUGCCCUGCUCCAGCCCCCAGCAAGGGGGCGCCUCCCUGGACCUGAAACACCUGAGUAACCUGAUCAAUGGGGUGAGUGACGUAACCCUGCCCCCUACCACAGAUGACGCAGAGGAAAGCCAGGCCCCCAACUGUAGUCCUAGCAGCCCCACCUGCCCCUCACCUUUAUCUGUCAAGGGGGAAGCAGGGGAGGGGACGCCCUGCUCACCCUGUGUAGACUGGUCUGGCACAGCUAAGAUGAAGAUGCAAGCUCCUGGCCCAGUGAAGGGGGAGCCCCCUGGCUCUGCUGGCUCUCCCACUGCAGUGACUGUACGGAGGGUAGAUGUCAUGCCCCACUCGGGGCCAGGCCUGAGGACAACCUGCAGACUACAGCAGCAGGUCCGCCAGCCACUCCAGCCCAUGCCUUUACACCCUCACUUGCCACUCAACAUUGUUGCUUCACGCCUGCGUCUCUUGCAUCUCAGGACAGCCCCUGGCUCUUCUCCUUUGAAACCUGUCUCUGGUCCACCCACCCACAACCACACUGUGUUUCCCCCUGCUGCUGCUGCUGCUGCCCUGCUCUCCUCAGACCCCCUGGUACUCACCCCUUCCUCCCCGGCUGUCACCCGCCAGUCUUCCUCCUGCUCCAGAAAGCGGCCCUCCCUCACACGCUCCAAGUCAGACAUGAGCGACAGGUUUUCCCGGGCCGGGACGGACCUGGAGCGCUUCUUCAACCUGUGUGGUCUGGACCCAACAGAGCUGCAAGUGUUGGCCGGACCCGCCUCUGACAUUGUGUCCAUUGCCCGUUUCCGAAGUGCCAGUGCGCCGGGGUCCGAGUGUGCAGGCGCUGGUCGGGAGGAUGAAGAGGAGGAAGAUAAGGUGACAGAGCGGACACCGUAUGGGGUGUCUGUCAUUGAAAGGAAUGCCAGGGUGAUCAAAUGGCUCUACGGCCUCCGUCAGGCUAAAGACAGUGCGAGGAGCACCAACAUGUAGAAUAAGUACUACGCCUCCCAUGAUGAUGGGGGAGAGGAACUUUUUGGAAUCCAUGAUGAGGAAGCUGACACCACUGAUGAUUACUAAGGGUGGAGACCAAAGUGACUGUACUGUCAUUCGAUAAAUUAUUUAUUGAUUUAUUUGAUCCUUUUCAUGAUCAACACAGGAUCUUUUUGUUUUUGUGGAAACAUCAUUUGGAAGUGUGGUUAUCUUAAGAUGGCCCUCAAAACCAAAACCAAAAUGUGUGUAGAUACCCAAAAUGUGUUUUCUUUCUAGGUCUGUGUCCAGGUUUCCUUUUUGGUUGUCCCUGUGUUUGAUUACAAUGUAAUUGUACAGUCCCAUAUAUUUUCACUGCAUGGAUGGCAAUAAAGAUUUGUGUUGAAGCAAA